CCACUUGUGCAAACCGUACCCAGCUGCCUUCAGGACGAUAUAAUACGACCGUCCGACCGCUCUGGAACCUAGUCUGUUCCAUUCGGUUGCCAAAAGAAGCAAUUUCGAACGUCCUUCAAAAUGCGCGCCAUCUUCGCCCUGCUCAUCGUCGCGGUCUUCGCCUUCCUGGGAGUUUUGGCUCAAAAACCCAACUGUGGUGAGAACGAAGUCUUCCAGCGAUGUGGUACCGCUUGCGAGCGCACGUGCAGCAACGGUGAGGAAUGGGACAAACCAUGCAAGCUGCCAUGCGUUGACAAGUGCUUCUGCCAGGAUGGUUUCUUGCGCAACGGAGACGGCAACUGUGUCCGUGCCUGGCGUUGCAAUCCCAACCUGUAAAUGGCUCGGGACAGCC